AUGCCGCGCUGCUACCUCGAGCCCACUGGCGACCACGACGACGAAGGCCUCGAUGCCGUCCGUCUGUGGCUCACAGGCUUCAUUACCGCCGACGACGACUUCUUCACCAACCCGCCUCCUCGCAUUGAAGACUUGCAUUCGGGUUUGAUAUGCGCCGUCAUGGAGAUCAAAGUCCGCCUCGACCCCCAGCUUGAAUACGUCGUCAACACCGCCCUAGAAGCUCAAUGCAGUAUCGAACUCGACCCGGCGUCUUUUUGGUCGAAGCGGAAAUUCAAUGUAGAGGCGUUGGAACGUAUUCGCGAACCGGGAAUUCGAGCUCUCAACCGGCGGCUGACAAUGAGGCAUUUGGAAGACGCGAGAAGUGAAAUCGGAUGGGUGAAUCAUGAAAUUAGGAGGCUGGAGGUGCAUUGUGAUGUGGCGUCGAAAUUGAUUGGUGCCAAGGUCAGGAGUAGCUUUUCCUAUCGGCCGACGGAGAGGGUGGAGGGUUUGAAGCGUGCGCUGGUGCCGGAUGUGGAGAGAGAUGGGUUAGUGUUGAGGAAGGAAAGGGGAAGGAAGAAGGGGGAUGAGAGUGAGGAUGAGGACGAGGAUAUGUUGGAUCAUGAUGUCGAUGCGGAUUUGGAUGCUGAGAGGAGGGAGAGAAGCCGGACGCCCGAGCCGGGAGAGACGAGUGAGUACGAUGAUUAUGACUUGAGCGAGGAGGGGGAAGUGGGAGAGGAAGACGCUGCCAUGAGUUACGAAGUUGAAGAGGACAAGGAGAAUGUGUCUAGAGGCAGGGCAGACAGUGUUGUGCAUGGGUCAUGGGGAGAUUUGAGGAUAUGA